AUGGAGGAUGAAUUAGAACGACUGUGGGAAGGCUUUAAUCUCACAGAGGAAGAAAAACUGGAAGUUCCACUCUCUGAAGUAGCAACUAGGAGAUCAAAACUGAGAGGUAAAAAAAGUCUUAUAAUCUUUAUAGUUAUGGAAAAAAGCUUAAACAGGGAAGCUUUAAAGCUGACCAUGACUAAACUUUGGAACCCAGAGGGCCGGAUUGUUUUUAAUGAAGUGGGGCAUAAUAGGUUUAUAAUUGAAUUUCAUAAGGAAGUGGAUAUUGAGCGUGUUCUUAAGGGCAUACCUUGGUCUUUUGAUAAACACUUGAUUUGUGUCCAAGAUUUUGAUAGCAGCACACCUCCUACUGAAAUAAAUUUUACACACGAACCAUUUUGGAUUCAGUUACACGGUAUGCCUCUGGCAGCUAUGAAUAUAGAAGGAGGGGAAAGUAUUGGUGCUUCUGUGGGAGAAGUAAUUACAGUAGAUGUUGAUGGGGAAGGUAUUGAGUGGGGAAAAUUUCUUAGAAUCAGACUUAAUAUGGACAUUACCAAACCUUUAGCAAGAGGAAGAUUGAUAAGGAUGGAUAGAACCCAAAGAUGGAUCGAGUUUAAAAAUGAAAGACUUCCACUUCUUUGUUUCCAGUGUAGAAUUGUUAGGCAUCUGGAUAGGAACUGUGCUUUCACAAAAAACAGGAGUCAGACUAAGGUAGAAGAAAAAUCCCAAUAUGGUCAGUGGCUGAGAGCUACAACCAUCAAUUCAAUUGGAAGAGGAGACAAUAGAUAUGGGGGAAAAGGAAACAGAAACCAGGCUACUCCAAAUCAGAUGAAUUUGAAAGAGCAACUUCCUAUUUUACCUAUGGAAGAAGCACAAGGUAUAAAUCUUCUAAGGAUAGAAACUGAGGUAGCCACUGAGAUUACUAAAGAAAAUAACUACCAAGAAAUGAGGCCCUUGCAGGAGAAGGCUAUGACCAGUAGAAUCAUUAACAAUGGGAAGAAAGUUUGUAAUGAGGAGAGUCAGAAAUUCCCUAUAACAGAAGACUCUCCACUAGAAAUUCAUGUUUUUCAGAACAAAAGCUCCAACCAAGAAAAUGGAAACAUUUGGCAAUUACAGGUUUUUAUGGUAAUCUUGUUACUGCACAAAAAGAAGGGAGCCAGCAGCUAUUAA